GCGGCGCGACUCGGCGCGAGUUCGCGUGCAACGGGGACGACACCUGAGGCGACAUCUGAGGCGACAUCUGAGGCGACAUCUGAGGCGACAUCUGAGACGACAUCUGAGACGACAUCUGAGGCAAUAUCUGAGGCAAUAUCUGAGGCGAUGUUGUCUUUCGUCGUAAUUAAAAAGAACCAAACCGAUGCGUUCGCCCCCCGUCGCCUGGGCGAGUCGGACGCGUAGGCGAUCGCAUGGCCGGAGUGGGGAAGCUGUUUUCGCGGCGCAAGAAGGGGGCCAGCAACGAGGAUGCCGCCUCAGGCGCCUCGGCCGCUGUCUCGAUCGCCGUCUCGCAGGACGCGUUGCCCAUCUGGUCGGACGCGUCUCCCCCGUGGCGGGCCUACUCCCCGCGCCGUAGCCCCGCCAGCCUGCGCCACCACCAGCUGCAGCCGCCGUUGCAGCGCCAUUCGGCACGCUCGCACUCCAGCGUGCGCUCCGCCGUGUCUUGCGGCGCCGGAUCUUCCCCCAACGCCGCCGGCAUCCGGCACGUGGCAUCUACGGCGUCGUUGCGAGCCGGCACCGGCGGUGGCGGUGGCGGUGGUGCCUAUGGCGGUGGCGCCAGGCGGCGCGGGGGUGCACGCGCGCAGCCCCUCCGCCACCAGCCUGGGCUCCGUCUUCGAGGCCGAGGGGCACGGCGCGAGCGUGGACCCGGGCGACGUUUCGCGUCUCACGGCCGACGUGCGCCUCUUCACCGACGCGCUCGGCAAGCUCCGUGACGUCUUCUCCAACCCAGACGGCGGGGGCGAGGAGGGCAGGCGGCAGGCCGGUCACGCACGCCUCGGCGAGCUGCUGCUUGCGCUCAAGCGCACGCUGGCCCGGCACCCGGCGCUGAGCUUGCGGGAGAUACUCACCGCCACCGGCGCCCUCAUCACCAGGGUCAAAGGCUACCCGUACGAGCGCUGCAUCGGCGCCGACGAGCAGAAGCAGGGGAUGAUGCAGUCGGUGGACUCGCUGGCCCUCGCUUUCAGCAACAGUGUGACCGAGUUCCUGAUGGGCGACUCUGAGGGCGCGUGGUCAUCGCUACGGCAACAGCAGCACAGCCGGUCGCUGGAAAACCUGAGCGGGGAGAAGGAGGAGGAGGAGUGCAGAGGAGCUGAGGGGAGGGACGAUAAGGAAGAUCCGGCCUUCGGGCUGGACUCGGAGGACCUGGACGAGCGGUUGCACUCGUGCGACGGGGGUAUCGACGCAGCGCUGGCCUACGCCAAGGCCCUGUCCAAGUACAUCAGCGGCCUCGCCGCGUACGUUGAGCGCAGACUCGCAGUCGACAUCGACUACUCCAAGGACCUGAUGAAGCUGGCGCAGUGUCCGAUGCCGGCCUUCACCCACGAGCCACCUAUGCCCCUGCAGGGUGUCUACGCGUCCCUCAUGGAGCAGGACUGGGAGACGGCGCACGCCGCCGCCCACACGGCCGCCCAGCUGCAGGCCGACAAGUGCGUGCUGCCUCUGCGGAGCUGGCGCGAGGAACACGAGCGCAAACGGAAGGAGCUCAAGGAGCUGUGGCAGAAGGGACAGCGCCGGCUGGCCGAGGCAGAGUGCAGCCUCAAGAAAGCCCGACAGCUGUACUCUCAGCGGCGCGAGGAGCUGGAGCGCGCCCGAGGUUCGGCGGCACGCGCCGAGGAGGGGCUGGCGGCGGUGACGGCGGCGUCGUCCCCGGCCGAGGGCGGCGCCGGCGCCGGCACCGUCCACGCCGGAUCGUCGCGCACCCUGGAGCGCAAGCGCAAGACGGAGGACGAGGCGCUGAGGAAGGCGGACGAGGCGGACGCCGUGUACCGCGCCAGCGCCAAGGAACUGCGCCUGCGCCGCCAGGAGGUGCAGGCCGUGAAGACGGUGGUGCUGACGCAGGUGCGGGAGCUGGCGCGCCGGGCCGACCUGGCGCUCAAGACGGUGACGGCCGCCUACUUUGAGCUGCUGGGCACCCAGGCAGCAGCGCUGCCCGCCCGCUACCGGGCCCUGCACGAGGGCACCGACGCCUACGUGGCUGGCGCGCAGUACGCGGCGUUCGCACGCCGCCUCGCCGAACGGGCGCAGUCGCCCCCCGCCACCACGCGGGAGCGUAAGCUGGGCCGUGAGGACUCUGGCAGCUCGGAGCAGUGCUCCGUCGCUUCUCCUCCUCCCCGUGGCGACUCCAAGGGCUCGCUCAAGCUCAACGGCAAGGGCGAGGCGUCACGGGGCAGGAGUUGGCUGGUGGGCGGGGUGAGUGACACGGACAGCGGCAGCGGCAGCAGCGAGUCGCGCUCACUCGACUCACCCUCCGCCAGCCCCGGUGACUUCAUGCGCAAGCUGCCCCGUACCCCGUCCACAGGCACCAUGUCCUCCGUGGACGAUCUCGACGACACCGACCCGUGCAGCCCUGCCGACGGGGACGGGUCGGCGGUGGGGGCCGCGUCGUCCGGAGUGGGGGGCCCCGAGGGGCCAUGCUCCUCCCCCCCCUCCUCCUCCUCCUCCUCGUCGUCCUUCACCAAGGUGGUGCUGUCGGAGGCGGCGCGCUCCCACCGGCUGCGCAAGCUGCGAGCGCCGUCGCGUUGCCGCGCCUGCGACACGUUCAUCUACUUUCAGGGCGCCGAGUGCCAGGAGUGCCUGCUGGCGUGCCACAAGAAGUGCCUCGAGUCCCUGGCGGUGCGCUGCUGCUCGCGCGAGCGCCGCACCGCUCCGCCCUCCCCGCUGACGUCACCGUCGCCGGCGUCACGGCGUCACCGUCGGCGUCAGCGGCAGCGUCACCGGCGCCGCACGGCGGUGACGUCGCGAGCGGCGUGCCGGAGCCGGUUCGGCUGUGCGUGA